AUGGCUCGUUUCAACCUUUCCUUCCUGGCUGUGUUCUUGGUUCUCGCCAUUUGCGCUGUGUCACUCCCAACCAAGCGUGGUGAGCUGCUCCCCACGAGCGAGUUGGGACUUGAUAAGACCAUCGAUGAAUUGAAGUCUGCCACAAGGAUGAUGAACGGCCUGGACAACAAGGACUCCAACGACGACAAGAACCAGGUCGAAGAAGACCCUGCUGUCGAGAAGAACUCCGCUGAGGAGAAGAAGGCCAAGACCGAAGAGCCUACCAAGACUGAGAAAAAGCUCACCUCUGGUAAAUUCGCUUCACCGACUCCCACUAGCACCAACCACCCUACUUCGGUGCCCAACUCUCUGGGCAAGCUUCCCAUUGUCGGUACCUUGCUUGGCGGUACUGGGGGUCUCUAA